UAAUGUGCGGACGAAUAUUUCAGAUUCAUAAUAUUGCAUAAUUAUUACAAUUUGCUUAAACUAGAAGAGUUAGAAAUGCUGCCAAUUUUAAUCCAACUUAUAAUAUGGGACCAACAAAUUAUAUACCAGCAAUUCGACAUGUAGAAGAUGAUGAUAAUUUUGAAGAAUAUGAAGAAUAAAAUAAUUAAAAUUAAGAACACAAUUAAUCUUUAGAUAAUGAACAAUUAAUUGAAGAUCAAAGUUAAGAAGUUAUUGAAAAGUAAAAGAAUAAAAGAGGACUUGAUUUUUUUAAAUGGGGAUUCUAAACUAAAUUCAAUCUUAUUAUAAAUGCUAGAAUUGAAGAAAUGCAUGAAAAACAUACAUUUAAACCAUUCUUAGAUAAAAAAAGAUGUGUUAUAAUUGCAGAUGGAUAUUAUGAAUGGAAUAAAAAAAAGGAGCCAUUUAAAUUUUCUACAAAUAAACCAUUAUAUUUAGCAGCUAUGUAUACAGAUGAUGAUGAAAUCUUUGUAUUAACAAGAGAUGCUUUUGGAGAAUAUGCAAAAGUUCAUGAUAGAAUGCCUGUCUUAUUAGAAGAUGAUGAAAUUGAUCUUUGGAUCAAUCCAAAAAUGUAAUUAUUAUUAUUAUCUUUAGUGGGUUCUUUGAUAUUAUAGAUAAGAAAAUUCUGAAUUCCCAAAAGAAAAUUUGGGGAUAAGUAUAAGUUACUAAAGUAGCUCCAUAUGUUAAUAAUAUAAAAGAAAAAAGUGAAAAAUGUUUAAUUACACUUGAGGAGUAUAAAGAAUAAUAAUUUAAAAAUGGAAUUGGUAAAUUCUUUUAAAAGAAAUAAACAUAAAAUACAUAAGAAACAUAAGAAUAAUUAGAAAAAACAAAAGAAAAAAUAACUAAAUCUUUAGAUGAUUGA